AAGCAUGUUUGGACGGUUUUUUUAAUGUGUUUAAUGAUUUUGUUGAAACUCUUGAAAUUAAUUUAAUUUCUGAUCAUCUUCUACCACCUAAUAUUAUUUUAUUUGUACGCGAAGGUAUUCAACGUGGUAGAUUUUCUUCAGGUACAGAAUACCUUGUUCCAUUAAAUACUAAUAUUGAAAAAUGGAUACAUGACUUUAAAAGGACAGAAUACAAUGCUGGAAAUAUUGAAUUACAAUAUACUUAUAAGUGUCAUUGA